AUGGCAUCGAAAACCCCCUCACCAGGGCUGAAUGUAAUCGCCCUGGUAUCCGGAGGCAAAGACUCCCUCUACUCAAUCCUCCACUGCAUCCGCAACGGCCACAGAGUGGUCGCCCUAGCCAACCUGCACCCCGAAAUAAAAAGCCAUGCAUCAAGCGGCUCAAAAGACCAGGGUGACGAAGAAGACAUCGACAGCUUCAUGUACCAAACAAUCGGUCACAGCGUCAUCCCGCUCUACGAAGAAGCACUUGGCAUCCCACUCUACCGCGCCCCGAUCACCGGCGGCGCCGUGGAUACUUCACGGAUCUACCGUCAUGAUGCUGCAGACCAAUCUGUCGAGUCGGGGGCUGCCUCUGAAGACGAAACGGAGUGUCUCGUCCCCUUGCUUCACCAGGCGAUGCAAGCACAUCCCGAGGCGAACGCCGUCUCUGCGGGCGCCAUCCUCUCGACGUACCAGCGUACCCGCAUCGAGAACGUCGCUGGUCGACUCGGUCUUACUCCACUGGCUUGGUUGUGGAUGUAUCCUUCCCUCCCCGCGCCGGCCGAGCGAGAAGCUGACCCCGCGGCUGUGCGGGAAGCAGGCUUGUUGGAAGAUAUGUCGGCCGUUGGGUGUGAUGCGCGAAUCAUCAAGGUUGCCUCGGGCGGUCUGGACGAUGGCUUCCUGUGGGAUAAUGUCUCUGAAAGUGGAAAUGGAGGCCGGGCGUUUCGCAGACGUGUUGUUAAGGCUAUGAGUCGGUUUGCUGCGCCGGAAGAUAUCCGCGGUGCGGUGCUGGGGGAGGGUGGGGAGUACGAGACUCUUGCUAUUGAUGGGCCUGGUCUUCUGUGGAAGAAGCGGAUUGAAAUUGAAGAGCGGGAGAGCAGGACUGCGGAGGGUGGUGUCGCCUAUACCAGUCUGAAAGGGGCCAAGUGUGUUCCCAAGUCUGAGGGUGAGCGGCCAGAUGUCGCCCCGCAGAAUGUUAGGAGGCCUGUCUUGCUGGAUAGCGUAUUUGCUGCUGCGUUGGGCGAUGUCUCCUCUGCCUUGAAAACUACACAGACCGAGCAGGCCAUGCAACAUGAUGCAAUAUCAUCGCCAGCAUGGCUCUCCAGCCAACCAAUGCAUCGCCAAACCAAUACAACAUGGACUAUCUCGAACAUUAUUGCGCCAGAGGCUGGUCCCGGCGCAGGGGAACAAAUGACCGAGAUCGUGGCCAAGGUCCAAGGAACACUGAAAGCAUUUUCCCAGCCACGAAAAACGGAAGACAUAGUCUUUGCGACGGUGCUUCUCCGCUCAAUGGCCGACUUCGCCUCCAUGAAUAAAAUCUACGUCUCACUUUUCAAAAAGCCAAAUCCUCCCGCAAGAGCAACAAUCGCCUGCGGCGACCGUCUCCCAGUCGGCGUCAAUGUCAUGAUUUCCUUUGUCGUGGACCUAGGUGCUCGAAGUAGUCGCCAGGGUCUGCACGUUCAAUCACGAUCAUACUGGGCACCUGCGAAUAUCGGGCCUUAUUCCCAGGCAAUGUCCAUCCCACUUCAGGACCAGAGCAGGCUGGUUUAUGUAGCUGGACAGAUCCCGCUCGAGCCUGCGUCGAUGGAAAUGGCUUCACAAGGGAAGUCUUGGCUUGAUGAUUACUCUCUACGGACUACGCUGGCAUUGCAGCAUAUGUGGCGAAUUGGAGAGGCGAUGCAGGUUGACUGGUGGGUGGGCGCAGUGGUUUUUCUGACGCGCGGAGAAAACAUUCAGACCCAGGUGCGGGUGGCAUGGCAUCUGUGGAAGACGAUGCAUACACUCGAAGUUAACGACGAAGACGAGGAGGAUGACGAACCGCAGAUUGAUGCUUGGGAUAUCAAGUAUGGGCGUCAGACCGAGGACGUGGUGGCUGAAACUUGGAGCUUGCCCCGAUUUGGCAUUCUGGAUUCUAAUGCCGCAACUUCUGUACCGCCAUUUUUGGCCGUUGAGGUUGAUGAGCUGCCCCGCGGAAGUGAUAUUGAAUGGCAAGGUCUUGGAAGUCGAUGUGCAGACAUUUUGCUAGAAAGCCAGGCCGAUUCCACAGCGGCUACUGCUGAUGGCAGAUACAGCUACACCUGCAUCGAGAUCGCCAGCCUAGAAACCGCCAGUCUCGCUUCUAUCACGGAAAGCCUGUAUAUGAAACAAGGCCUGUCGCAGGCUAUUCUAUACACGACACAACCGGUGUCAGAGGGCUCCUGGGCUGGGCAGGUUGUCCCAUGCAGAACAGUAUGGGGCCGAGAAGGAAAGCCAUUGGCUGCUGGAGUCGUUCUCCAACAGGAAUUUGGAUCGGAUUAG